CUUUCACGGCAGUCUCAGUGCAGCGAUGGCGUCUUCCAUUGCGGUGUGCAGGUUGCAUUUGAGGGGCAGCCUCUCUAAAUGCUUUAAAAAAGUAGAUUCAUGUUUUCAAAGAGAGUUCGGAACUAGUACUGCUGCUACGAAGACCGAUGCACCCAAUAAGAAAUAUACAAUCGACUCAAAGGAUGGAAACAAAUCUUUUUACACAGUCCAAGAGGAGAAGAUGGAGCAGGCAGAGAGAUCUGUCCUUAUCAGCUGCCCGGCCAAAACCAACGAGAAAAAGUUCCUCAGCUAUUUAUCCAGACAUGGAGAUAUCAACAAAUGUUUCUUUUAUGAAAGCUAUGGUACAUAUGCUGUGGUGGAGUUUUCCAACAAGGAGAGCCUCACAUCACUCCACGAAGGGACGGCCAUCCCCAGUAUCAACCAUGAAGCUACAGUGCCUUUCAAGUCCAGACUGCUUUCGCUCAGAAACGCUGGUCCUGUGGACAUGUCCAAUGGCCAGUCCGCCCCUCCGUGCCAACCACAGACCACCAUACACAUUAACGACCUCAUACAGAGACUUUCCAAAGAAGCCAGUAUAGACCAACAACUCUCCUCCCUUACAGAGACGUACCAGCUGACGGAAGAGAACGUCUGCCUGCGCUUCCUGGUCUGCUCUCUUCUAAAGGACAUAGCUGCUGCAUAUUUCCCAGAAUGCACCAUUCGGCCCUUUGGCUCCUCCGUCAACGGCUUCGGGAAGCUGGGCUGUGACCUAGACAUGUUUCUGGACCUGGACGGCAUCAGUGGAAGGAAUCUGAAAAGGCCAAAAGCAGGGCUCUCCUUGGAGUACCAGACAAAGAGGUCUGCGUCUGAGCGGGCAGGUACCCAGAGUAUCCUGUCUGUGAUCGGGGAGUGUGUAGACCAGUUUGGGCCUGGCUGUGUCGGGGUGCAGAAGAUCCUCCAGGCUCGCUGUCCCCUAGUCCGAUUCGCCCACCAACCGUCAGGGUUCCAGUGUGACCUCACGGCUAACAAUAGGGUAGCGAUGAAGAGCUCGGAGCUUCUGUACCUGUAUGGGGGGCUGGACCGGCGGGUGCGUUGCCUGGUGUUCAGUGUCCGGUGCUGGGCUCGGGCCCACAGUAUCACCAGCAGCAUACCUGGAGCCUGGAUCUCAAACUUCUCUCUCACUGUCAUGGUCCUAUUCUUCCUCCAGAGGAGAACUAUUCCUAUCCUACCCACCCUAGACCACCUCAAGGAACUAGCAGGCCCUCUAGAUAAGAGUGUCAUCGAGGGAAACGACUGCACAUUUGUCAGCGACUUCACAAAAAUACGACUGCAAGACAACACAGAGACAUUAGAGCAACUGCUGCAGGAGUUCUUUGAGUUCUAUGGAACCUUCGCGUUCAACCGCAUGUCGAUCAAUAUCAGAAAGGGUAGGGAGCAAAACAAACCCGAGAUGUCCCCAUUGCACAUCCAGAACCCCUUUGAGCCCGCGCUGAACGUCAGUAAGAAUGUUAACGGAACGCAGCUGGAGCGCUUCGUGGCGCUGUGUCGGGAGAGCGCCUGGAUGCUGCAGCAGCGGGAGUUCAACGUACCGCACAGCGGCAGCGCUACCGGAAACAACGCCCCCUGGGGCCUGGCAGCGCUCCUCAUGCCCUCGGUCUCCCAGGUGGCCGGGGUUAAAGGUCGUAAGAAGAGGAAGAGGGAGCCGGCCAGCGAGAGGAUAAAGGGCCUGCUGGAGUCUCUAAAGAACAGUGAGGUGAAGAGCUAGAGAGCAGCCAUGCAGUACAGCCCCACUAGAGGUCACUGGUGAGUUCUGGGUCUAUGGGUAACAGUGGCUACAUGGCCGUAAAGAAUGGACAUGUGAGGACUUGUCCAAUUUGCUUUUCACACAACUGCAAAUAACCGAUCAGAGCCAAACCAAGCUGUACUGAUAUGGAACCUACCUGAAAAGGACAAUGUGACAACAGUUUGGUUUUGUUCAGCACGGUAGUGUGAAAAGGGUACCUGUGACCAGAUGCUCGUCAUAAGAAAGUCAGACUACUCUACAUGGCGACGUUUGCACAUCCGUGUACAUAAAGACAUGAAGUUAUAGCGUCCGCUGACAUCGUUUUGUUUGUGUACAUUUAGAGCCGAUGUAUUCAGAUGUUUUUUAUUAAAGAUCCUGAACAGUA